AUGUCUCGCAGAUACGAUUCCCGCACAACAAUCUUCUCGCCUGAGGGCCGUCUCUACCAGGUUGAAUAUGCUCUUGAGGCUAUCUCCCACGCUGGAACUGCGAUCGGUAUCCUUGCCAAAGACGGCAUCGUCCUGGCCGCAGAGCGAAAGGUGACGUCGAAGCUGUUGGAGCAGGACACCUCGGCCGAGAAGCUGUACAUCGUCAAUGAGUAG